AGAUCGGAAAAGUGCUUCCUUGUCACAUUUAUUGAAACGAGUUUCCUGUUCGACUCUCUCAGCUACAGAAGUGCUGCUGUUGAGGAAGUACAGGGUGCAAACCGUCGUAAGAUAAGAGCGAUUACUUCAGACAUUUCGACAGAAAAGAUCCUGCAGGGUGGUAGCCCAUCGGGUGCGGCAUGCUUGUUAGGUGAGUUUUAGUGCCUGUGCUACACGUGGAGCUCCCUCGUCGCACUCAUUUGAUCGUGAUACUGGCUGGCCUGUCUUUUUUUCACAUUACGUGGACAAGUGCAGCUGCUGUUGGAACUUGAAGCUCUGCUAAGAUGCGUCUGAGACGUCGUAUUUCCCCUCUGAAGCUAACAAUCCUCGGUGGCACGCUGUUUAUGGUGGUUCUGGUGGUUCUGCAGAAGGAUGUGGGUAGUGGAACUCAGGACCCCUGGCUGAAGGACCUGUCCAACAGGAAGGAGCGAGUGAUGGAGAUGGUCCGUGGGGCUGUGCACAACUUCGCCUACCAGAUCGGAGCUCCGCAACCCCCUGUGCCGGAGGAGCAGCAGCCUACCAUCAAUCAGCAGUGCCCCCCGGGCUUCUACACACAGGCAGAUCUUAAACCCUGGAUAGAGAGACCCCCAGAGGACCCUAAUAGUCCAGGAGCUGCCGGGAGAGGCUUCCAGAAAGACAAUCUUACCCCAGACGAAGCGAAAGAGAAGGAGGAGGGCAUGACCCGGCACUGUUUCAACCAGUUUGCCAGCGACCGGAUCUCCCUGCACCGCAGUCUCGGAGAUGACACUCGGCCACCUGAGUGUGUAGAGCGCAAGUUUCGGCGGUGUCCUCCUCUCCCCACGACCAGCGUGAUUAUAGUGUUCCACAACGAGGCCUGGUCCACUCUGCUGCGCACCGUCUACAGUGUCCUGCACACGUCGCCGGCAAUCUUGCUAAAGGAAAUCAUAAUGGUAGAUGACGCAAGUACAGCAGGUCAUUUGCACUCCCAGCUGGACGAGUAUGUGAAGAUGCUGAAGAUUGUUAAAGUUGUGCGUCAGCCCGAGAGGAAGGGGUUGAUCACAGCGAGGCUGCUGGGUGCCGGUCACGCCCAGGGCGAGGUCCUCACCUUCCUGGAUGCCCAUUGUGAGUGCUUCCACGGCUGGCUCGAGCCGCUUCUCGCCCGGAUAGUGGAAGAGCCCACGGCUGUGGUGAGCCCUGAUAUCACCACCAUUGACUUAAACAACUUCCAGUUUAACAAGCCUGUGUCCACUGCACGCGCCCACAACCGAGGCAACUUCGACUGGAGCCUUACGUUUGGCUGGGAGGCCAUUCCGGCCUAUGCGCAGGCAAAGCGUAAAGACGAGACCUACCCUGUGAAAACUCCAACCUUUGCUGGUGGCCUUUUCGCUAUUUCCAAAGCCUACUUUGAGAAAAUCGGAACCUAUGACGACCAGAUGGAGAUAUGGGGUGGAGAGAACGUAGAGAUGUCUUUCAGGGUGUGGCAGUGUGGUGGACAGCUGGAGAUCAUACCGUGCUCCGUGGUCGGCCAUGUCUUCCGCACUAAGAGUCCUCACACCUUUCCCAAGGGUACUGAGGUCAUCACCCGCAACCAGGUGCGCCUGGCCGAGGUGUGGAUGGACGACUACAAACUCAUCUACUACCGCCGCAACCAGAACGCGGCCAAGAUGGCCAGAGAGAAGAACUACGGGGACAUAUCUGCUCGGCUAAAUCUCAGGGAAACUUUACACUGCAAGAACUUUUCCUGGUAUUUGGACAACAUCUACCCAGAGGUCUUUGUUCCUGAUCUUACACCUGUCCAGUACGGCGCUCUGAAGAACUUAGGCUCUCAGUCCUGUUUGGAUGUCGGGGAGAAUAACAACGGAGGAAAACCAGUCAUAAUGUAUACAUGCCACAACAUGGGCGGAAACCAGUACUUUGAAUACACAUCACACAAGGAGCUCAGGCAUAACAUAGGAAAACAGCUGUGCCUGCAUGCCAGCCCUUACCCACAGCAUGUGAGGAUAGAGCUGUGCCAACUGAGGGGGCGUGGCACGUCAGUGGCUCCUGAGCAGGAGUGGAUCAUCACUGAGGAGAAGCUAUUAAAGAACCCGUCCUCCGAUAAGUGCCUCCACCUGAAGGAUAACCAGAUAAUCAUGAGCCCCUGUAACACAGAAGACUUUCACCAGCGCUGGGUGUUCAGUUGACCUCUCUUUCAGUCCACCUGACAAGCAAGGACAUCUACACCCAAUAGACCCCAAAGAAAGGACAGCUAUAACUCAAGCUCAUAUGCUUAAAUACAUACUGUAGCUCACUCAUUGUCUGAGUGAACUGACACAGAGUGGAUAGUUUAUAUCCAUGCAGUGGAACAACCAAAGACCUGCGUACUAUGAAUGUGGUGAUAUGUGACUCAGGGAAGACAAGCAGAGGCGCCAUCUCUAAAAGUGAACGGAGCAUGGGAGCGACUCGCCUGGCGGCAGUAUUGUUUACAUGCGGUGGCUCGGUGUGUGGUAUCAACCUUCAUGUUGUCCAAACUACUGCUUUUAAAGACACUGACCAUUUUAUUUAUAUUUUUAUUUUUUAAGUCUGUGAGAAGGAAAUAUUUUUCGAAUUAUUGUAGACAAGGCAAAUGGUCUUUAUCUUGCCAACAAGACACUGUAGAUAUCAUGUCAUAAAAUAAUUUAGUUGUAAAGAAUUAGUUAUACAGAAUCAUACCUUGCCACAAGCCAAGGUUAAAUUAUCUAUUCAUCAGAAUCCAGUGGAGAGUUUUGUGAAGUGAGAUUUUUCAGUUGGUCAGUUAAAAUUCCACCGUUUAUUUUUUCCACAAUUUUUUUAGAAUUUGAAGGUGAGAUGUAAACAAAGUCAUUCAGAAUAGUUUGAUAUGAAACGCUCCAUUGUAGAGAAACUUGCUGACUCUUAUUUACAACACAAAUAUAGCAAUUUUAUUUAUUAUCCAAAACAACCAAGGAACCUGUGAGUGUCUUCUGAGUCUUCAUAUGCAGUGCUGAUGAUGGUAAAGUAGUGGUAAAUCCAAAAAACCAUAAUAUUCUUUGAGGACUAUUUUGCCCUGUGUGUACCUUGCUGCCCUGUAUAGAUUAAAAACGUGUAAAUUGUAAAACCAUGUCAGGCCUCAGGCAGCGUAUUCAUAACCAUUUCAUUUAACAGCUGUCUCUGAGGGAGCUUUUAGAGGCAUUAAACACUUCAGACGUCUGGUUCCUAUCACCUCCACUGUGAGCAAUUCAGAGUAUUUAGUGCAUUUCUCUACUGUGGAUCAUUUCACAAUAAACCGCUCUGAAUGGUUUUGUUUAUGUCUUAAAGAUUAAAUUAUGCAGAUGUUUUGAAAAGCAGUGGAAUUCCCCUUUAAGUAAAGCUGAGAAAUCAUGUUAAUCUAAUGGAAAUGUCUCUUAACUCUUCUACUGGGCAGAUUACUUGUGAAAUAAGUCAAAAAAUGAAUAUUUUUGUCCUUAUUAUUAUAGUUAAAGAUCCCAUAUGACUUUUCUGUUCUCCCCUGUAACUGAGAGGGUGCAGUUUUUCUUUACUGGUGGAACAAAUUAAGGGUUUUUUUGUUUUGUUUUGUUUUAAUAAAUGCCAAUGAUUUGUGGCCUUUUUUAUUUUCUAUAUUUUUCCUAAAAUAUCCUGUAUGAGCACUGUAAACAAUGUGGAGGCAGUUUUGUUUUAGAUGAGGUUAAUAAAUAAGGAAAUGAAGGAGUAGAUGCACUAGGCAACUCUUUAACCUGGUCAGUGUUUGGUUAAUUUACAACAAAGAUGUCCCUCUCUGUUUUUCUGCAGGUUGGUUUGAAUGUGAAGAGUUUUAAAGAGCCCAUAACAUGGAAAAUUAAAUUUCCCUCACUUUUUUAAAAUAAAAGGUUUUCAUGUAUGUAUGUAUGUAUU